AUGGCGCCUAAGCCUGUGCAAGACUUCACUCCUUCCUCGCUCGUCCUCGUGACCGGAGCCAACGGCCACGUCGCGCAGCACGUCGUCUCUCAACUCCUAUCCCGCCCCGUGGCCAACAGGCCCCGAAUCCGCGCCACAGUCCGAUCAGCAUCUUCCGAGGCCGGGCUGGCCACGGUCUUCUCACAAGAAAUCGCCUCUGGCGCUCUCCAGAUCGUGCGCGUGCCCGACAUCGCGGCGGCAGAUGCGUUCGACUCCGCCAUCGUCGGCUGCACUCACGUCGCGCACAUCGCAUCGCCGCUGGUGGUUGGGGCGGCGGACGUCGAGAAGGACGUGCUCAUCCCCGCCGUGCAAGGCACGCUGUCGUUGCUGAAGGCGGCGGCGCGGUCGUCGUCGGUGGAAGCUGUAGUAAUCACCAGCUCCUUCGCCGCCGUGCUCGACCCGGCUUUCGACCUGCGACCGGGAUACACGUACACGCCGGCGGACUGGAACCCCAUCGACUACGAAACGGCGGCGGAUCCGAACCUCGAUCUGUCCCCCUGGCCCGCCAAGUACCGUCCAUUCAUCACCUACAUGGCGUCGAAGAAGCUCGCGGAAAAAGCGGCCUGGGACUUUUAUGCCGAAUAUUUGACUUUGACCCCGAGUGACAGUCAUUUACAUUCGCAUUCGCAUUCGCAUUCGCAUUCGCCGUCGAGAUGGCGCCUGACCGUCAUCUGCCCGACCUACAUCGGCGGGCCGUGCGUUCUGCCUCUGCCCAAAGGGCCCCAGAGCCUGAGUUUCAGCAACCAGCUGAUCUGGAACACGGCCGUUUCCAAGCCCGCCGACUCCCUCCCGCAAAUCGACUUCCCGUACUGGGUCGACGUGCGAGAUGUCGCCAAAGCCCACAUCCGAGCCCUGACCACCCCCCAAGCGGACCGGGAGCGAUUCAUUCUCGCCCCGACCAAGAGGACUUACUCUGAAAUCGCCGACGUGGCGCGCAAAACGUGUGGUUUCACGCCUUCGACCGAGAAGCAGACGUUGCAUUGUUUUGACAUCGUCUCCGACAAUUGCGCCACCAUACUUGGAUUGACCGAGUGGGUGAGCUUUGAGGAUAUGGUCGCCCAAACCGUCCAGCAAGUGAAAGGCUCAGGUUCGGAACCGCACUAA